AUGAUAAACCGGGUCUGCCUGGUUCUGCUCCAAAUCCAAGAGCGACAGACUUGCGAGUCUGCAUUUGGUCUCGAUGGAGGUGCGAGAGUCGACUCCCAGGAUGGUGUGAACAACCGCAUUCGUCUACAGAGAUCUCGGAAGAAAAUCAAGGUGGUGGGAAUACAACUCUUGGGCAAACCUACCGAUGGCUUGGAUGGGAAACGAGCCCGAGAUGCAGAAUCAUUUUCACAGACCUGGACUCAAGCUGGUGCAAUCUUCAGUCACCAGAUGAGUGACAACGAAAAAGAUCAACCGAAAAAGAAAAAAGGAAGAAGGCCUCGAGCCUGGGCCAUCUUGAGGAGGCGCAGCGGCUCGAUCGAGUCUUAUACCACAGAUGCGUGUGCAACGGUUAUGGGAGUCGCCGAAAUGGUCCAGUGGUAUCUCGAUCCGAAACUUAUGGCUUUCGUGGGUUGA